AAAAUCCAUUUUCAUUUGCAGUUUAUGUAUUUUUGCGCGUUAUCACCAUAUUUCAUGCUGGCUAUACUGCUUGUACGAGGUUUGACUUUGCCAGGGGCUUUACGGGGUAUUUACUUUUAUUUAACGCCAAAUCCAAGCAAACUUUGGGAUAUUACUUUAUGGAAAGAUGCUGGAACUCAGGUGUUUUACUCAUAUGGUGUGGGGUUUGGUACAUUAAUCGCAUUUGGAUCUUAUAAUAAAAAAUCUCAUAACUGUUUCAGAGAUGGUUUUAUUAUGUGCUUCAUCAAUGGAUCGACUAGUUUGAUUGCAGGUUUCGUUGUUUUUUCAAUUCUUGGUUACAUGUCGGUUCUUGUUAAUACGAGUAUCGCUGAAAUUGUGAAACCAGGACCAGGGCUAGCAUUUUUGGCUUAUCCGGAAGUGGCCAGCAAUCUACCAUUCAAGCAACUUUGGUCUGUGCUUUUUUUUUUAAUGAUUACUAUUCUUGGACUCGAUAGCCAGGUUUGUAUGUUAGAAGGUUUGUAUGCAGCUCUUGAAGAUGUAUUCCCCCAUUUUUUGAGAAAAUAUAAGAAAACAGCACUUGCUUUUAUUUGUGCUAUCUUCUUCCUUCUUGGCAUACCUAUGGUUAGUUACGCUGGCUCAUACUGGUUGACUUUGUUUGAUUCAUACGGAGCCAGCGGUAUUGCAUUAUUGUUUGUAGUAUUUUUUGAAGUUGUUGGACUUUCAUGGGGUUUUGGAGCCCAUAAAGUACGAGUUGCCUUAAAAGAAAUGGUUGACAUUGAACUUUGGAAAUGGUGGAUUAUUGUUUGGAAAUUUAUUACUCCAUUUGUAGUGGCCGUCUUAUUCUUAUUUUGUAUCUACAAUUAUCAACCAUUAAAAUAUCCUACUGGUGAAAAUUUUCCAAUCUGGGCUGAAAUAUUUGGAUUUUUCUUGUCGUCUUUGUCAAUGGUCGUUAUACCUGGUUAUCCAAUUUAUAAUCUUUAUGCAGGCAAAUCUGUUGGUUCUGUCAAAGAGGUUUUUAUUUAUACCAAAUUUUUCAAGUAUUGUUUGAAAAUCUAA